UUAAUCCACAAAGCUAAUCGUCCACAUAUUUCGUAUGAACUAUAUAUAUAGACGCAGAUAUUCACAGUUGCUUAGCUUAUACCAACAAUGGCGUCUCAGACUCAGAGGCAAGCUCUUGCUGCUGAUGGUCUUGAUGAAUCUGUGAGUAUUGAGAUUAAACAGGGUGACAAGAGAGAUAUUUGUUCACUCAGCAACAAUAAGUGGCUAAACUCCAUAAUGGAUGCUCGAAACGAGCCUCGAUCUCUAAGCAUCAAAUCACAGAAGCCCAAAAUACAGAAGGCUCAACCGAUGCUUCGUGAGGUUGAAUCCAACAAGAAAUGCUACGAUCCUCGGGUGGUUUCAAUCGGUCCUUGCCACCAUGGAAAACCAGAGCUUGAACCUGUUCAAAGGCUCAAAAUUCCACUGGCACGAGAAUAUGUCAAAGGAAGCAAAGCAACGAUCGAUGAAUUAUACAAUGAGGUGGUCAAUGUGGUCGAUGAAGCCAGGAAGUGCUAUGCUGAAGGCUUAACAGAACGGUUCAAUUACGAGGAAUUUGCCCAGAUGAUGUUCCUUGAUGGCUGCUUCAUCCUUCAGUACAUUUACAGCAUCGUAAAUGAAAGUCACACAGUUUUGAAGAUAAUCCACCAUGCUCCUUUGGUGCGGCGAGACUUGUUCUUGUUGGAGAAUCAACUUCCUUUCAUAGUUCUCCAAGUGCUAAUGCGCCUGAGAUUUGAAAAUCAUGAUGAGGAAAACAUGAUCACUGGGGAAAACAUGAUCACUGUUUUCAUCAAGCGCAUAAGAGGAGAGUCUGUGGUGAGAGCUGGACUAAUAGAACAAAUCAGAAUCUUCUUUGACAAGAAUGUUUGGGGGUUAGUACAUCAUGAGACGCAACAAAAGAAUUCCAACGACGAACCCCCCAUUCAUCUUCUUGAACUCGUUCGCAGGCAAUAUAUCGACCCAACAGCUUUUGCCAUUGGGUGUUACAUAACUGGUGGUUGGUACUCUCGUCGAUCCGCCAAGGACUUCAAGUCAGUUGGGAUACAAUUUAAGCCAAGCAAGACAUUCCAAUUGACAGACAUAGAUUUCAACCCAACAUGCACUUCCGGGAUUCUAAAACUCCCUCCGAUGAUCAUUGACGACACAACAAAAUCUAUUCUGUUGAACUUGGCUGCCUAUGAGGCCUGCCCAGAUAGUGUAACCGACUUUGGGGUGACCUCUUACAUAUGUUUCAUGGAUUCUCUUAUUGAUCAUGCUGACGAUGUGAAGGUGCUGAGGUCCAAAGGUAUAUUGCUCAACUUUCUUGGUAGUGACCAACAAGUGGCUGAUAUUUUCAAUGAGAUAGCUACUGAGUUGGUUCCAAGCCCUCAUGCUUAUGUUGAAGUGAAAACAAGAAUUGAAAAGCAUCAUAAAAACAGCAUGAAGAUUUGGAUGGCAGAGUGGCACCAUACAUAUUUUAGGAGCCCUUGGACUUUCAUUGCUGUCGCUGCUGCAAUUUUGGCUAUUACUUUGAGUGUUUUUCAGACUUUCCUUGCAGCAAUUCAGACUUACCUCACAGCCAACCCACCAAAAGGCCGCUGCGACGACUUGCUACGUUGCUACGCAUCCGAGGCUUGAAAACGUUUCUGGAAAGUACUUGGCAGACUGCAACGAAGCUUCAACAUGCAAAUUGGGAUCCAACUCUACCGAAGCUGCAAGGUUGUGGUCUGUCUUGGAGCUCAUGCCCCAAGAAUUUCUCAAAUUUCUCUAGAUUCAACCCAGAGAAAAUUCAAAGGAUCAGACCAACAUUCAUGUUUAUCCUGAUUGGGUAGCCAUGCAAGUUUUUCAUUUGAUGCAUGCUCUUAUGGAACACAAAAAAUCAAGUUAUCAUGUUCUAAUGAAUUUUAUGUUUAAGUAGUGAUUCAAGACAGUUUGUUGCAUCUUCAGGCAUACUUUGGCGGCAGAGUGACUGUAUCACCGUAUUUCAACUCAGCUAUUGCAUCUGGUCAUGCCCAGAGAAAUUCUUUGGGUUGAGAGAAUUUCUCUGGCUGGGAAUUUUCUCUAGGUUGUGGAGUCCAGAGAAAUUCUCUGGGUGGGAGAAUCUCUGAAAAUGUUUGUCUGAGAAUUUCUUUGGGUUUGGGGAGUCCAAAGAAAUUUUGAAAUUUCUCUGGUUCAACCUUUGGACAGCAAAAGAAAGCUCUGUUUCUCCGAAGCCAAGUUUUUUCCAUGAGAAUUAUUGCAAAAAGCACAAAAUCUGACUUGCUUGGAGGAGAAACUCCAAAUAUCAAGGAUGGAGUGAGAAAAUGGUUGAUCCAAUCUGAGAAUGAUAGGUGGGAGAAAUCACCUGUCCUAAUACCCAACUUGGCAAACCAAAUCAUCUUCAUGGGUUUGCAUAAGAAGAACAGAUGGAUUGCAGAUUCAGGUUCCGCUCCGCAGAAGGGACAUUCAGAGGAGUCUAUUUGGAUUUUUGCUGAGACUAACCUCCACAGGAAGAUUUUCUGUCUCUCAUGGAUUGUGG